UAGAAAAUGACUAAAAUGCUUAAUUUUUAUUACAAUUUACGCUCAUGCUUCAAUGGAGGUCGAUAACCCAAAUACCCAGCGGCCAACGCAAUAGCAGCUGCGAUUCCGUGCUCUGCUUCAAUGGAGGUCGAUAAGGCUGCAGGGAUUGGCUGCAGUGAUGUAGGCUCUACAUUUGCACUGGAUCACACUAGUCAGUUCACCACGACUGAGAUAUUCAAGAGCAGAAAAGAUUUAAUAGAAUGGGUUUCGCGUGUUGGGAGGUCGAAUGGUUUCAAUAUUGUGACAUUAAAUUCUGACGUUGGUAAAGGCAAUAGAAGAGCAACAAUUACAUUGGGUUGUGAAAGGAGUGGAAAAUAUGGUAGACGAACUCCCAAGAAAGGGAAGAAGAAAAAUUGUGGAAGACCUCAAGGCAAAAAGAAGUGUGGUUGUCCAUUCAAGCUAAAGGGCAGAAAGCUAGAAACUAAUGAUGAUUGGGAGUUGAAGGUUGUUGAAGGAAUCCAUAACCAUGCAGCCUGGUACUCAAAGGCAGAUAUUUCAGUUUCUAGUAGAUUACCUUCAGAGGACAAAUUAAGGGGGAGGGAUGUGUUUAAGGACGAUAUAAGUGAGAGUGGGUCUGAAAUGCAAUCAUUGAUGAUUAAGUUGUCCAAGUACAACUACAUUGAACAACAUAGGAGCUGCCCACAGACCAAAACUAUCUUAGAUUUUUUCUUGACACACCUCUCUAGCUUUAAAUUAUUGCGUGCAUUUGCACGUGUUUUGGAGGUGGAAUGCAUAUCAAAGCAGGAGGGAAAUCAUGAUGGGGCAAUUUUAAUGAUUUUUGGACGCACAUCAACUGAUAUACCAUUUUUUGUGGGUAUUGUAUUCCUUUCUUCUAAUCAAAAAGAAAGUUAUGUAUGGGCUUUACGAACAUUGCAGGGUUUGAUGGUUACUAGUGGUAAUACUAUGCCUGAUAUCAUUGUGUUAAUAACUACGGAGGUGGCUUUGAUGGAAGCCGUUGAGGUUGUUUUUAGUAGGACAAAGCUUUUGUUGUGUGCGUGGGCCUUUCCUAGCUUUGUGGAAUUUGCUUAUGAGGAGGUAUUUGACUUGAAGGAGGAGUUAGAUUAUUUUCUGAAGAGGUUGGAUGUAUUGAUAUCAUCUCCCACUGCAGCUAAUUUUGAGUUGCAGUUACUGCAACUACAUAAUGACUUUAGCAGAUAUCCUGCAGUACUUGAGUACGUAACCCACACUUGGUUGAACCCGCAUAAGGAAAAGCUUGUUGCAGCAUGGACAAAUGUUUUUAUGCAUUUUGGGGUCGCAAAUUCGCUCAGGGAGAAUACAAAACUUCAAGAAAUAUUAGGAAAUCUGAUUGAGAAUUUAACUGUGCCUGUAAAGAAUCAAAUUCUUAAGUUGGAGGAAUCAUUUGAAGAGAUACAUGCUGGGCUUGAAUUGCAGGAGACCAAAAUCAAUGCUUCACUGGAAAGCUGUUUAACAGUGAAUGCAGAUGAGUUGAGGCUUCCAGAAUUCAAAGAGCUUUGUGGGGCUAUUUCUGUUACUGCAUUGCAUCUGGUCCUGCAGCAGAUGAUGUUGGUCAAUAUAGUUGAUGGUGAUCUCUGCCAUUGUGCCAUACGCAAUACCCAUGGGUUACCAUGUGCUCAUGAGCUUGCAAAAUACAAGAAAGGUGAUAGACCUAUUCCAUUGGACUGUAUCGAUCCUUAUUGGAUGAAGCUUGACACGAAACCUUUAGGAAAGAAUGUAGAGUGUGGUGUGGAGGAGAGUAUGAAGCUGCAUAAGUUGUUUAUGGAAAUGGAUACAUCUGAUCCUUCUUCUCCACCUUUGCCUAAGAUUGGGGGAUCUGCACAAUGCAAUACACCUACAGUGCAUUUCAAAGAAGAGAGACAAUCAGAGGUAUAUCACAUGCCCCUUAAGUAUGUGGGUACAUGCCCGGCUGUUUUGACACCAUACAUCGUUGAUAUUAAGGAUGUGGCAGCCGAUGGUCAUUGUGGUUUCAGGGCCAUCGCUUCAUUGUUGGGUAACACCGAUGAGGAUGGAUGGAUGACAGUGAGGAGGGACUUGAUGGAAGAGCUGGAGCUUAAAUCAGCUCAGUAUGCCCAACUGUAUAGGUUAGAAUCGUUAGGCAAAAGGGUCAUUGAGCUAAGUAAAUCAUUGGAUUGUUUUGACAGAGUGUGUUAUGAUACAAACCACUGGAUGACUAUGCCUGAGAUGGGCCAUAUAAUUGCAACCCGUUACAACGUCGUACUCAUGCACCUCUCUUCUGUUCAGUCUCUUACAUUUCUACCCCUAAGAACUUUACCAUCAUCAUUCUCAUCGCUGAGGGAGAUUUCUGUGGGAUUUGUCAAUGGUCACUUCGUUCAGGUACACUUGAAACCUGGUCACCCAAUGCCUCCUAUUGCAAGGGACUGGGAAAGGUAUCAUGAGCAUGAACGAACCUUCCCAGAAGAAUGGAGCACCCUCUACUCUGCUCGUUUGGAUCAUUUCAAAGCCUUACAGCCUGAGGCCUACUCAAAAGUUGAUAAGGAAGUGAUUAAAAUUGAUUGACGUUGGCAUUUCUAGAUUUGUGUAUUUGUUCAGUUGGAUUGAUUAACACUGUGUAGUUGCACUGGGGAUUGUUCAAGGAAUUGGGCACAUAAAGACUUAGAAACUGCUACUUCGACUUGAUGUGCAUAUAUUGUUGUUGUUGCACUCUUCAAUUUCAGUUUCAGUCAUAUUCAAUUUCAAAGUACGUACUUGUUAAGUAUUAUUGGUUCUGCUUGUGAACAGAUAUGAAACUAUAAGAUAUUAACAGACCUCA